AUUCGAUGCCACGCACCUGAAAAUGUUGAGCUAGCCCUUCGUGAGUUCUGGGCACUAAGCAGUAUCAAGAGCCAGCAUCCAAAUGUGAUUCACUUGGAAGAAUGCAUCCUACAGAAAGAUGGGAUGGUGCAAAAGAUGUCCCACGGCUCUAAUUCUUCCCUUUACUUACAGGUCUCAGGGAGUCUCAGCAAACUCCCUAACUGUGCACCUCCAGCGGCUUAUGGGGCACUGUUUUGCUGUGCUCUGCUAAGAUGCUCCUGGCCUCUCCCUCCAGCUCAUCCAGGGGACGGACCCCCAGCGCAGUGGAGAGGCUGGAGGCCGACAAGGCCAAGUAUGUCAAGACGCACCAGGUGAUAGUGCGGCGCCAGGAACCUGCUCUGCGCGGGACCCCGGGGCCGCUCACCCCGCACGUGUGUAAUGAGCUGGGUCCCCCUGCAUCGCCCAGGACACCCGGACCCUCCCGCCGGGGCAGCGGCAGACGGCAACCAAGGCCAGACUCCCUCAUCUUCUACCGCCAGAAGCGGGACUGCAAGGCUUCGGUGAACAAAGAGAACGCCAAGGGCCAGGGGCUGGUGCGCCGCCUCUUCCUAGGCGCCGCCCGGGACGCUGCCCCGAGCAGCCCCGGCCCGACCGAGCGACCUGCAGCUCCUGGGGUUUGCUUCCCGGAGGCGGCCGGGAAGCAGCCUCUGUGCCCCACGUGCUCCCUGCCCCUGUCGGAGAAGGAGCGCUUCUUCAACUACUGCGGCCUGGAGCGCGCGCUGGUGGAGGUGCUGGGCGCCGAGCGCUUUUCUCCGCAGAGCUGGGGCGCCGACGCCACCCCCAAGACCGGAACUUCGCCGCCGCCUGGCUCCGGGGACACCAGCGACUGGACAUCCAGCGAGGGGGGCGGGGACGGCCCAGACUGUGCGGCCGGCGGCGGCGGCUCGGAGGCCGCUGGCUCGGCGCGGGACGGGCGGCCCUCGGUGUCGGUGGUGGAGCGCAACGCGCGCGUCAUCCAGUGGCUGUACGGCUGCCAGCGGGCCCAGGGCCCGCCGCGCGAGUCCGAGGUGUGACCGCCCCUCGCUCGGGAGGCGGCCCCGGGUCGGGCCGCUGAGAGCGCGGGCUGGACCACUCUCACGGCUCAGGGGCGAGCCCUUCCUUCCUCAGGAUCUCCGUUUUCCUAUCCGAACCUCGGGAAGGUGGGACAAAAUGAGCCCGAGGUCCCUCUCAGCGCUGGCGGCGGAGAGGGACGCAGUGGCCUCGUGACCCCUAAGGAGACCGGGUCUGGGGAACGCUGGUGACAGUGAGAGAUGCGCAAACCUACUGAAUAAAGCUAAAUCGUUAUUUAAAUGGGUCGUGAGUUUGGAUUAGGGGGCAGAUGUUGAGGAAGGGGGCGAACAGGUUUGCUCAGUUAAGCGUGUGGCUUCGGAGUGUGGGUUUCAGGCUGACUGUGUGACCCUGGACAAGUACUCAACCUCUCUGGACCAAACCUGCACGCCCCGGUUAUUAAAGAGGGGACAGGGUAGUAGAUAAUUACAAUGUUUUGAAAUAAUUGUAACGCACGUGGCAAUAUGCCUGGAAUACAGAGUGCUCAAUAAAGAAUGGCUGCUUUGACUACCACGGAA